AUGAUCAAACCAAUCCCAGUUCAUAUCCUUGGAGCAGGGUCAAUAGGUAUAUUCAUAGCUUCAAAACUUUCAAAUUUGAAAACCUCACCAAGUAUAACUUUAUUAUUAAGAAAUUUAUCAAAAGUUGAAAACUUCCAAUCAGUUUAUAAUUCCACGAUUCAAUUGAAAUCUAAAAUCACUCCUCAAGUUGAUAUCCAAAAAUUUAAAUUCAAUUCCUCAUGUCCAGAAUCAUUCAUUUCUAGUCCUAGUAUUAUUGAAAAUUUAAUAAUAACUACAAAAACUUAUCAAACAGAAGAAGCCCUUCAAAAAUAUCUUCCUUUUAUAAAACCAUCAUCAAAUAUUAUCCUUGUGCAAAAUGGUCUUGGUGUCCCACAAAAACUUUAUGAGAACAUAUGGCCAAAUUUACAAGAAAGACCUAAUUUAUUCCAAGGUGUCAUUGGUCAUGGUAUUAAUACCCAGGGGGGUUGGAUUUUUACACAUACAGGAUUAGGUGAUUUAAAAAUAUCCAAAAUUCCUAAAGAUUUAAAUAAUCCUGAUAAAGAAUCUGUACAAAAACCUGAGAUUGUUGAAUUAUUAGAAAAUUGUAAAGAAUUAGAUACUAUAUGUUUUGAAUAUAGUGAUUUAUUAUUAUUUCAAAUUAAAAAAUUCGUGGCUAAUGCAAGUAUAAAUUCUAUAACAUCAAUUAUAGAUUGUAUAAAUUAUGAAUUAAGAAGUUAUGAAGGACUCCAGGGGUUAGUUUAUGAUACCAUAAGUGAAAUAAUUGAUAUUUUAGUCACAACAACACCAAUAAUUAAAAAAAAUCCUCAAUGGAAGACAAUAUUAGAUAAACAAGAAUUAACUAAAUUUGUUUUAUAUUAUGCUACAGAAGUUCAUGCAAAUUCUUCAACUUCAAUGAGACAAGAUGUUUUAAAUAAUAGAAUUACUGAGAUUGAUUACCUAAAUGGAUAUAUUGUUAAAUUGGCUGAAGAGAAUGGUUUAAAAGCAGAUGUUAAUAAGACUAUAACUAAUUUGGUUAAAUUGAGAAGUUCGGUUAAUAGAUCAAGAGCAAAACUUAUAUAA